AUGCUCCGCCAGGCUGUUCGAGGAGGAGCUCGAUGGUGCCAUGCGGUCCACAGCCCGUCGAUUUCCCGGCGCGCCUUUAGCGCUGUGAAUGCGCGUCGUCUCGACUUCGGCGGACCGAACGAUAAGGUCAACUUUUACGAACAAGAAAGUCCCACGAGCAAGACCGCGCGGAAGGUCGAUCCGGAGGCGGAAGAUAAAGAGGAGCGGAAUGAAGUUCAUACCGAGCUUUCGAAGCUCCAGGAGGAGUUGAAGAUACUGGAAAAGGGUCCGUUUACGCCCGACGGCGAAUUUAUCCAGAGUUUACCGGAGGAGGACCGGAAGAUUGCUCUCGAGGCUCUACGGAAAUAUGAAGCAGAGCGAGGGCCGGCUCAGCCACAGCUAUCAUUGGACGAUGUGUUUGACGAGGAGCUGGAUAACAUGCUGAAGGAUGAAUUCGAGGGCCUUGCGAACGAACAAGAGAAUUGGCAGGACACUGUUAGGGACCGACGAAAGCUGGCGGCUCGGAAGGCGUCGCAGCAACACCUUGCAGAUCCAGGAUCUCAAGCCUACUCUACAAGAUUCAACGUGUCCCUGCGACGUUAUACCGGGAAGACAACAGACGAGCGCGCGAGGCAAGAGCUUUGGAAGUCAUACCGCCGAUGCAAGCAAAAUGUUCCGGGGUUCCUGGAAUCACUUACGCCAGCCAUGAUAAAUUCAAUCUGGGAGUCACAAGUCGCUGCGCAAUCGACAAAGUCCACACGGUCCAGACACCUCCAAACCCUCGCCGAAGACAUGAAAUCGGUUGGAAGACCUCUCGCCAUCCCCCAAAUACUCUCCUAUAUCGAAGCUCUACACGAAGGCGGUGCCAUCGGCCAGGCGUUGGAACAAUGGGAGGCGUAUCAAGCGGAACUGUCGCAGAAGAAGGAAGACCUUGAGGAGUACUGGAUGCUGGGCGUCCGACUCUUUGCGGCCGAGAACAACCCACAACGCGCUCAAGAUAUUGCAUUGGCAUUCCUUGCGAACGACAGAUCUCGCCAACCCCGUGUUCUUAUCCCAGUUAUCACUGCAUGGAGCAAGAUGCCCGGGAAAGAAGCCGAGGUGAAGGCCUGGGCACUGUAUCUGCAACUCAAGACCUUCCUCGGGCCAGACAUGACUAUGGAGGACUAUGAUCGAGUUAGCAUUGGUCUCCUCACGGCUGGUCGGUCAGAUGCCGCCGUUGCUGUUUUUAAAGAUAUGAUGGUGACAGGCCAAGAUCCAGCAAAUGAUUCAACAGCCCUAUACCAAGCAGCUCUUGGACUAGCGGGAAGCCUUCAGGCGUCUAGCAUCGAUGAGCACGCCGUGAACAAGGUGUCAUUGUCUGCUCUGACGAUGCUACCCCGCCGAUUCCAUAACCGGUUCUUCUACGCUAGUUGGAUGAAGAAGCUCAUCGGAAUGGGUGAGGUUGACUCGGCCGCAAUGGUCAUUGAGCUCAUGUACGAGCGCGGCGUGAAGCCAGAUUCCAAGCAUCUCAACGGUGUCAUGGCCGGCUGGCUUCGUGAAGGCAACGCAUCUGCCAGAGACAAAGCAGAGCGACUGGGUUGGUCCAUGAUCCAACACCGAAUCGACGCCGUGUGGAAACGAUACCAGCCCGUCGAGGUAUCUCCACAAAUCCAGAUUCAGCACCAAGCGAUAGAAUCAGGCCGUAUACCCAAGUUCCUGCAGCGAGAAGUGCCUCCGGCAAGCAUUGAGACUUUCUCCAUUCUUCUCCUCCAUUACACCCGCCGCGGCGACGACGAUAUGGUCAAGUAUCUCGCCAAAUGUCUCGGCGACGCACACAUCCAACCAAACUCCUAUUUCAUGAACCAUCUCCUCUAUGCCGAACUCCGCAAACAAGAUAUCCGAUCUCUCUGGAACAAAUUCGAGACGAUGACUACAAGCAUCCGGCCAGACCUCGAAACUUUCGCAUGCCUCUGGGACUGUGCAAAGCUGCAAUAUGACCGUGGACGCACUGCCUUCGACGCUGGGUUCCCCUCGGCACGAAAACUAUUCUCACACAUGGUGCAAUGGUACUCGCAGCUUUCUCCGCGAGCACAGAAGAGCACCACCGAGCAAUUCUCCAAGGAUUUAUACGACCAAAUCAUCCGCUGCUUCUGUCUAUCCAAAGAUCUUCCAGGUACACUCGUCGCACUCCACUCCAUGCAUGCGGCCUUCAACUACGCUCCCGACGACGCCACCGCCCGUAUGAUUGUCCUACAAGUUGCACGUCUCGCAGGUGUCCCCGCCGACACACCGAAACGUCGUCUCCGCCGGCUCUCCUCCACACCCCGGAGUAAAGAGAAUAUCGGCCAAGUCAGCCAGCUGUUAGAGAUGCUGGGCGAACGCAAGUCAUUAGCUCUCAAAGCGCAGGGCUUGAGUAUCGAACAACUUGAUCCUCAUGAGAAACAGCAGUAUCAGCUCGAGGUCAUGGCUAGUUUACUGCGUAUUGUGCUCAGUCGGACGGAAGGGUUAGAUCCCGUCCAGAUUGAGACGAAGCUUGCGCAGGCUGCUGCUGAGAUGCAUGUGGAAGGGAUUAAUUUAGGGUCUCCUCUCGGUGUGGAUGAUAGCAAGUUGCUCUAG